AUGACGCAGCCACUGCCACCGGCAAGCGAGGAGGCCAUCCGAAGGCUGCCUCAGUACUUCCCCACGUCCUGCAAGCAGUGCGCAACGCAGACGGACACCUUCUUCCGCUGUUUUGAGACUCAUGCAGUCAUGAUGAAUGACCAUGAUGUGACGACGGCCAAGACGUCGCUGCAGCACUGCCAGACAGAGCUGCGGGAGUACAUGACGUGCAUGGAAAAGUACUUGGCAGCGAAGAAUAAACCUUGGUGGAAGGUGUGGUAG